AGUUCAUGCAGCCUCUGCAGAGUCAACUACAUCACCGGAUCAUCGUAACGAUUCACCUCCAGUCGCCAUGAACGCGUCGUUGAAGACGUCGGUCAACUCGGAGGAAAAUCGUUCUCGUGAAUCAAUCAACGAUACGCUCGGAUGUCGAUCUUUUUCCACGUUCGUAUAAAAGUCGCUGCCGACUCUGCAGGUUGAUAUUUGGAAUGCAAAAAUAUAAUAGUGCUUGAAGAAAUCAGAAGAAUAAAGCUAUAAUCGGCUAUAAUACAGUUCCGGAAUCGCAAUCUCGCGAGAUAUUAUCGCUGAUUGUAGUGACCCAUCUAACCUGCUGCAAUUUUGUAAAUAAGAUUGAUAUAUUAUUACGCAAUUGUGUGGCGUAUUGGAGUUUCCAGAAGAAAGAAGAUUUUUAAAAAAUUAGUUCAAAGUUCGACAUAAUAGAUGUUAAAAGUUACAUAUUAUGUGUUAUACAUAUUAUAUUGGUGUGAAAUACCCUUGUAUCAAAGUCAAAUCAUCCGAUCAUCCGAUGGAAGAUUCUAAUAAUUUUUAGAUUUAUAAAAAUCGCCGAUAAAAUAUUCGGUAAAGAUAUCUUCUCGAUGAUAUACAGAAGCCACUGAAUGUCACUGAAUAUAUACUGCCGGUUAAAUUCGGCAUCCAACAAGUUGAGUGUCAACGAAAUAGUGUCAUUAGAACAUUGUAAAUCGAAACAUUAAAAAUCGGUUAAAGAAGGAAACGAAUUAAAAAAGAAUCAAUUUGGAUCAAUCACUGUCUGAAUUGCCGUAGAAAGAUGCAUCUACUCAAACAGUUCGUUAUUAUUCUUCUAGCAGGUGGCAUUAUGGCCGACUGGUCAAACAUGACCAAUCCACUAAUGAAAGUAUGGUAUACGUUCCUUCCUCAUUCAUCGUCCGAAUCGUUGGUUAGUAAAGAAAAUGACUGCGUUGAUUGUGCGCAGAAUAAGGUCAGCAUAAUCGAUCCCGACCUGUUCUUGACCGAGCUGAGAGUGGAGUACGUGAAGCAGCAGAUCCUGAAGAAGCUGCGGCUAUCGAAACCGCCCGACGUUUCGAUGCCGCUGUCGACCUUGCCGAAACCUUUGAUAAACGGCAAUGUGCUUGAACUUCGACCCGGGGCGCCGCCCGAGGAAAAAACGGAACACUUUUACGGGAAAACUAACCGGAUCAUCGUAUUUCCGAACGAAGGUGUAGCCGAUUCGAUGAAAUACCGUCAGAGCUGGAAUCAUAUAACAGACUUCAACUUGGCGGCCUGUUUCACGUUUUACCUGCCGAACGAGAUGUUAUAUGUCGACGUGACUUCAGCGGAACUCUGGUUCUAUAAGGAACAGGUCGAGAACGAUGAUGAACUCAACCAAACUUUCGUUCUAUCCGAACUCGAUCAUUGGGAUCUUGGCGGCAGCUUCGAAAAGAACAUCAUCUUGGCAAUAUUCGAAACCGACAUCAAAGAGGGUUGGGUAAAAAUAGACGUAAAAUUCAUAGUAAAAAAAUGGAUAAGUCGACUCCGAUUGAAGCAUGCCAUUCAGAUAGCUUGCACCACUUGCUCGACCGACUACGAUGUUGCGCCGGUAUCCAUCGAACAGACUCUGAAGCCGUUCUUGGUGAUUCAUACAGAGCCGUUACCGCAGAGGAAUAGGCCCAAAAGAAAUUCGGAUUGCCUGCCUAACAUGAAGGAUUGCUGCCGAGAAGAUCUUUAUAUUAAUUUUCGAGAUAUCGGCUGGGGCGACUGGAUCCUUCAUCCGAGCGGAUAUCAUGCAUAUUUUUGUCGAGGAUCUUGCUCCACAGCAACAUCCUUAACUAAUAUCGGUUCAUCUUAUAACAACGUUAUCAUGAAGUUGUUGACCAAGGAUGGAAGCCAGCAGAGGAGCAAAAUAGUGCCUUGCUGUUCGCCGACGCAACUCGCCCCGCUUCAGCUGCUCUACAUCGACACGAACAACACGAUCACGCAGAAAACAUUACCGAACAUGUCGGUGGAAGCUUGCGGUUGCAUGUGACGCCGUAUUGUCCCGAAGACGAACAGGCUGACGGACUAGACUCUCGGUAACGAGAAAACGAAGGACGAGACGAUUGACCUCACGCCAUCUCGUACCAAGAGAUUCUCGCUUACGCUUAAUCACCGUGAGUCUAAACUUUCGUCUGAUUGUUUGCAAAAUCUGUCCGUCUCAUUUUGAAGAGAUCGGACGUGCGAAAAUCCACGGAAGCGAUGGUGGUCGCGUUGAGAUACUACGGCGGCAGAAAUAAGAGCACGCUGUCGUCACGCGAGCUUUAUAUCUUAAAUUAUAACUAUAAACGAUAAAAUUAUCGAUCGGAUCUAUGACUUUUCUACAAUUGAAGUUUUCUAUUUUAUUCGCCAACUUAAUUUGUAUUGCUUCGUAGAGAAUAUUGAUAUAAUUUAUCCAUCCGUAAAUUAUACGCACGAAAUAAUGCAUAAUUUUUACAUAGUGCGAAUCAUAUAAAAAUGCACGAUAUCAUCAAUUUUUAAUUUUAGAAAUCAUUGAACGAUUCGAGUGAUAAAUAGUGAUAAACGGAUAUAAUAACUGUAUAUGUUCGAUAAUAUAACACAAUAGGACAAAAUAUGAGGUUACGUGAUGUAACAAUAUAUCCUUACGUGAAAUCUCAUCCUUAGGUUGAUUGCCCGAACCGCGAAAUCGACUCGAACGAGCGCUCGCGGUGCCAUGGGAAAUUAAGGCGUAAAUUAAGGUGAACCGAACCGUAGAGAGAGCUCGUUACGUAUUUUAGCGUAGAUACUGACACCCCUGCGUAUGCCGUACGUCUGCAAAGCCAAUAGCGAGAGACCCUUUGGGCAAUUUCGACAACGAACUUUACCCCGUCGCGUCUGACUACGUAAGGCCGUUUCUACUGUUUCCAUUGCAAAUCUCUGUCGAAAACUUUCUGGUGAAUAUAAAGCUCCCACGAUUACAUCCUGACAAAUUGCUUUUCAUAUAAUGCGAUAUAUGUUCUAACUUAAUUGUUUGUAGAAAAAAGAAGAGAACGAUUGUUUAAGGAAAUAUUUUCAGCUCAGUUUCUUAUCUCUCUCUCUCUGAUUGACGAACAACAUAUAACAUACAUACAUACAUUUUAUCUUCGGUUUCAAAUUAUCGUUUCGAAAUUAACAUUUCGAAAAAUAAUAUUAGUAAGUAAUAUUAGCUUAUUGUUGGCAACAUAAUAAUGUUAUAAAUAAUAAUAUUAUCUUACUGUUGACAGUAUCUGAAGAAUGGAUUAAGCCUAAAUAAAUUAUGUGUCUAAAUGAAUGUAAAAUGAAAUAGUAAAUGAAUCAAAUAUUUUCAAUCAUUAUGAUAUCAAAAGUCUAUAAGAAAUAUACCUUUUGCAUAUCAAUUUCUAUUCUUUUAAAAUUUUUAAACUAUAUAAUAAAAUAAUGUAAAACUUCUUGAAAAUUUUGAAUCGAUAAUUUUGAGCCAAUGUUACAACAAAUAACGCAUAGAAACCGUACAGUAUUUUUUCGUGAGAAAUUAUUCAGUGCAAUCCGAAACAGUUAUAUCAAGGCCAAUUUGAUUAAUAUUUAAUUUAGCCACAUCGUGACACGUGUAUUCGUAGAAUUUAUUUAUUACUAGGACAUUUAACGUCGUCGCCUUGUUGUCGGCGAUUGACUCACGACACGAUUGUAGCAA